AUGGCUGCAAAUAGAUUAGGAUUGACUAUCCUUGGUUAAGAAAGAUAUUAAAUAUAAGGAAUUCUUUCGGAUAAUCCAUAUGGAGUUUCUUAUAUAGCAUAAAAAUUAGAUGAUCAGCAAAGAAAGAUAUAAGGAAAAAGAGUAGCACUUUAAAAAUCAAAAAUCCUAAAGAGAUUGAAUGAUGAGAAGAAACCAUUAAAUACUUCUGAAAUUGCUUUUAUCAUGCUCCAAUUACUCGAAGGAUUAGAGUAUAUCCAUAAUAGUGGCUUUAUUCACAGAGAUAUAUCACCAGAUAAUUUAUUUGUCUUUAAUGAUGGCAUUAUAAAAAUCGGUAAAUUUGAUAUUGCUACUUUCGGAAACAAAGAUUAAAUUUCUCCUGGUAAACGAUUGUAUAUGGCUCCAGAGAUUUAGAUUUAUUAUAAAGAAUUUCCAUCUCCAUCUCCCAUUGAUAAUUCGGUUGAUAUUUGGUCUCUUGGAAUUUUGUUCUACUAUUUAAUGAUGGGAAAAGUUACACUUGAUUAUGAAAGAUUUAAUGAAUAAAGUAUAAAUAAACUUAUUUAAUAAAAAAAAUUAGAAGUAUAAUUGCCUGAAUAAUACUCUCAAUUCCAAGAAAUUUUCAACAAAAUGACAAAAAUUUAGCCUAAUCUAAGACCUACAAUUGAAGAGUUGAAAGGAGAAUUUCUAAGACUUAUUUAGGAUAGAUAAUAGUACAACAAAUAUUAAUGCUAUGCUAUGAAUUACUAUUUCAAUCAAGUAAAAUUAAGUGUUGGAAAUUCUAUGUAAUAACUUAAAAAGUACGCAGAAUUUCACUUUUAAAAUAAAUAACUUUAAACAAGCAUUUUAAUGUAGACUUACUAACCAGCAAACAUAUCUCUAAAGAUUAGAGACUCGUUUGAUGGAUAUCAAAUUUUAGAUCAAAUCGCUCAUGGGUUAAAUGCAUCAGUUUUCAAAGCCAAAGAUUUGAAAAAUAAUAAAAAUGUUGCUUUUAAGCAAUAAGAUCUCUCUAUUUUAAACUUUCGCAAAGGCGAAGAUCUUUCUAAUGAAGUACUUAGAAUUAUGAGGGAAAUUAGCAACUUUUCAACUCAAGCAUCCAAAUAUUGUUGA